GUCUGACUCCAUGGCAACGCUGGUACCGCCGCAGCUAAACCCAUCCUUUUUCUGCAGAAAAUGCUCUUUUUGUAGAAUGAACAAUACAACGGGAUAAUGUGACUUAACCUCAACUAUAGCAGCUUUCAUAUUUCUUCCACACUGCGUAUUUAUGAGAAUACAGGACCCUUCCGAACGAAUUCCCAGAGAUGUGAGCCUUGAGACAGUUAAAGAUGUCUUCUCAGAAAGAGACAAUGCAGGUGUUGCCUGUCUGGGAGCUUUCCAUCCCUCUCCCAGCGGUGCUGAUGAUCACUCUGAGUCUCUACAUGAUUGUCCUCGGGGUCGCGCUGUGGAUCCGAUCCUGCCUCAAGGACCGUUGUUCUUCAGAGUGCGGAGACUGCUGUCCGAACAUUUCCAUAUGUGAGCAGUGCUUCAGAUUCGCAGAAAUGUGUGACUGUCGCCUGCCAACCGUCCGCUCGUGUCGGUCCGUUUCGUGUCCUUCUCCUUCGUGUGCCAAAUGGGACUGUGCCUGCACCUGUCAGCCUCCGGAGUGUGAAUCUUGCAACUGCCUCUGCUUUGAGAUCAGGAUCAAGUAGAAGGACGAGGGUGGAGCUGCUCUGAUGACACCGUCAGCUGAUGGACUACAAGAACUUCAGCUUUUUAAAAUGUGUGUCUCUGAUUAGAGACUUCACAGGAGAGAGGUAAAAGAAAAGAGAGAGACGGGGAGUGACUUGACCCGGUGGUGUUCACUGCACCGUAAACCAGAAGGCUCAACACAACCUUUCCUCUUUUACUUUUUAACCUUUAAUAAAAGACUUUGUGAUUUUUUAAAUGUCAUUAACAGAGCAGUGUCUCACAUGUUGAGGGCUGAAUCAAAGUACUGUCUGCUCUUGUUCACCGUCUUUAAAUAGGAUAGUUUGAUACCAAAUGAUUCAACGUAUUCAGUGGGAGAAAUGGAUCGAACCCUCUCUCACUGUAUGUUAUCUUGUAUCCAUCAAUAUCAAUAUAUGUAGUGAUAAUAAUACUUUUUCUGGAAAACGAUUGGAUGCAAUAACCAGACAGAAAUGUUAGUUGUUUUUUUUUUUGGCUGAUCUAGUAAAUUAAGAACCUGAAAAAUCUGGUGCUUCAUCACAUUGAUGCAAUGUCACACAAUGGUCUCAAACACCAGGAGAUAUUAAAAAUACCAUAGUUCAUUAGGAUGCUCCCUUUAAAAUGUUUAUUUCGAUAUGUACUAUUUUAACAAUAUUACAUACAUUAGUCCUUGUACUUUCUUUAAGAUGUGCUGUUUUUUUGCACACAGUUUCUUUAGAUAACAAAGUAUAAAUAGAACAAAAACAACACCGGUUGUUUAAGAAUUCACUCUGAAUAACAGAGGCCUUUUUUUAUAUCUCUGUUACUUUUAAUGAAAAGGAUGUUGACCUGGUUAAAUUGAUCCGUGAUGCUGGAUGUGCCUUUUGUUAAAGCUUAAAGCUUUAGACCUCCGUUACGUUAUGUUGUUUAUGUGCAGUGCCAAACCAACGUGUUUGUCCGUCUCUUAAUACCGUCUGACUUCCUGUUUGUGGCUCUCAGCUCCAAUUGGUUCCGACUAGAUCUUAGAUAACCUUAAAUAUGUUAAAAACAAAUGUAUCAUUUCAUUUUUUAAUAAAAGUCUUAGUAAUUUCCUAAAACAGCUGUUUACUGUGUCAAACAAUCCAGGGGAAAAAGUGAUGUAGGGGACUAUUUUCAGCGGCGGAUUGAUCCACAUUUGGUGUUCUAGUAGUGAGUAUUUGAGGCAG